AUGAGAGCUUUCAAAUAUUGUUCCAUUGUUCUUCUAUGCCUCAGUUUACUUACUUUGUUCCCAAUUGUCACAUCCGAAGACACCUUGUCCCAGACUCAAUUGCUCCAACAUGACCAAACCCUUGUCUCAGCCAGCGAUGUCUUUGAAUUGGGCUUGUUCAAGCCAGGCACAACUUCAGAUUGGUACUUGGGAAUAUGGUACAAAAAAAUCCAAGAAAAAACAGUGGUUUGGGUUGCCAAUAGAGACACCCCGCUUUCGAAUUCGUACUCAGCAACUCUCAAAAUCGGCGAUCAUGGAAACCUUGUUCUUGUUGAUGAAGAAACAAAAAAAAUAGCAUGGUCAUCCAAUGAAACCCAAGGUGUGAACCCAAUUGCUCAGCUUUUAGAUUCAGGCAAUUUAGUCCUCAAGGAGGCAAACUCAACCCAAAACGGCGCAACAGAUGAGUUCCUUUGGCAAAGCUUUGAUUACCCAACAAACACUUUGCUGCCGGACAUGAAGUUGGGGUGGAACCUAAGCACAGGAUUGGACAGGUACAUAACCUCAUGGAAAAGCAUAGAAGACCCAUCAACAGGGGACUUUUCUUUCAAGCUAAAUCACCAGGGUUUCCCGGAGAUUUUCUUGUGGAACAAACAGAACAUAACGUACCGGAGCGGCCCCUGGAACGGGGAGAGGUUUAGUGGCGUGCCGGAGAUGACUGCAUCAAACAAUAUACGAUUCAACUUCGUUGUGAAACCUUACGAGGUCUACUACUCCUAUUCGAUCCUGGGUUCCGGACCGAUAUAUUCACGGUUGACUGUGAGUCCAACUGGGGACCUCCAGCGCUUUAUGUGGAUCGAAAGCGCAAAGAUAUGGAACCAAUAUUGGUACGCACCAAAAGACCAAUGUGACAGAUUUAGAGAGUGCGGUCCCUACGGUGUUUGUGACUCGAAUGCUUCGCCAGUGUGCAAGUGCUUGGAAGGGUUUGGGCCCAAGAAUUUGCAGGCAUGGAACUUGAGAGACGGGUCAGAUGGGUGCGUGAGAAAAACGGAGUUAGGUUGUUUGAAAGACAAAUUUUUGGUUUUGGAAAACAUGAAAUUGCCCGAGAGUGGCGGUGGUUUUGUGGACAUGAACAUGAGCCUGGAGGCAUGUAAGAAAACGUGUUUGGAGAACUGUAAUUGCACUGCAUAUUCUGAUGCAAGGAUUUCAAAUGGAGAAGGCUCAGGUUGUGUCAUGUGGACUGGGGAGCUCAUGGACUUGAGGCAAUAUGCAGAAGGUGGCCAAAGUUUCUAUGUUCGUUUGGCAGCUUCUGCGCUAGAUGGUGAUCAUGGGAAAGCAAAACGAGUGAUCAUGAUUGUAGUCAUUACAGUUAGUAUUUGCUGCAUUCUACUGCUAUCGGGACUUGUCAUCUAUUUUCUGCGGAAGAGGAAUUUGAAUUUGCCUAUUGUGCACAGAGGAUCCUCAAAGCUAAAAGGUUCUUUUGAAAGAAACUGGGAUAGUUUUCUAAGUGAGGUAGUUAUCUCAAGUAGGAGGGAUUUCUGUUCAGGGGAAAGGAGCAACGAUGAGCUAGAUCAGUUGCCAUUGUUCGAUUUUAACACUCUCGCAGUGGCUACGGAUAACUUUUCCAAUCGAAAUAAGUUGGGGGAAGGCGGUUUCGGGUGUGUUUACAAGGGCACCCUGGUUGACGGUCAAGAAGUUGCUGUCAAGAGGCUUUCGACGAAUUCUGGACAAGGAACUGAAGAAUUCAAAAACGAAGUAGAGUUAAUUGCGAGGCUUCAGCACCGAAAUCUGGUUCGACUGCUUGGUUGCUGCAUUGAUGAGGAUGAAAAGAUGCUCACCUACGAGUACAUGGAAAACAAAAGCCUGCAUUCCAUUUUAUUCAGUGACAAAAAGAGGUCUAAGCUGGAUUGGCAAAAGCGUUUCAAAAUUAUUUGUGGGAUUGCCCGAGGGCUUAUUUAUCUUCACCAGGAUUCCAGACUAAGAAUUAUCCACAGGGAUCUCAAGGCAAGCAAUAUUCUUCUUGAUGGAGAUUUGGCCCCCAAAAUAUCCGACUUUGGAAUGGCUAGAUGUUUACGUAAUGAUCAGACAGAAGAAAAUACCAGAAGAGUGGUGGGAACAUACAGCUAUAUGGCUCCCGAAUAUGCAAGGGACGGGUGGUUUUCAACCAAGUCCGAUGUCUUUAGCUUUGGUGUUCUGAUGUUGGAGAUCAUUAGUGGUAAAAAGAACAAGAGAUUUGAUUCCUCAAACACUGAACUAAACCUCCUAGGAAAUGCAUGGAAGCUAUGGAAUGAAGGAAAGGGGUUGGAACUGGUAGAUCCUGAUGUUGGGGAAUCAUAUUCCCAUUCUGAUGAGGUCUUGAGAUGCAUGCAAGUUGGCCUCUUAUGCGUCCAAGAGCGUGCUGCAGAUAGGCCAACAAUGGCCUCUGUGGUUUUGAUGUUGAGCAGUGGAACUGCUACAACAAUGCCUAACCCUAAAAACCCUGGUUUUUGCCUAGAAAGGACUGAGAGUGCAGUUAAAGCAGAUUCAUCCUCAGACAAGCAGGAAGAAGGCUACAGUGUAAACCAAGUAACAAUUUCAACGCUAGUUGGUAGGUAG